UUUCCAACUUACUCUGGAUCACGGUCUAAGGCCGUGCUCUGGAUAGUGUUUUUCAUUUUGUAAAAAAUCUCAUUUAGGCGACGUCGAAUAUCUUAACAUUUGCUUAUAUCUUUGGAAAACUUUGUUUACAAAAAUGGUAGGGUGUGAUACUGUUAUUGACAUUGAAGAAAUAAAGUACAAUCAUUUUACAUAUGACUAUUUUAUUCAGUGCGUGAAAAAGUUAGGAUCAUGUUGUUCUCUGAAAGAAGCAUAUUUAGACACUAGUAAAUCAAAAAGUUCUAUUAUUGUGGGUGAAGUUGUGUCUGUGCUUGAAAAGGAGUCUUCAGAUGUUCUGAAAAUUGACAUUCAGGAAGCCACAUGCAAUGAUGAGCCUGGCAAGUUGUUUGGGUUGUUUGCAUUCAAACGAGCUGUUGGUGAACUUCUGAAUUUAAAACUGAAAAAGGGAGACUUUAUUGCCAUUCAAGGAGCAGUUAUAGAGGAGAGCCCUUGCUAUUUCAUCCCACCAGAAUACCACAAACUACAGGCACGAAUUCCAGAUGAACCUCACCUUCGGACCAAAGUAUUUUUCAUGAGAAGUGAUUCUGUGGCAGUCUGUCAAUCCCCUGGGAAGUCUGAGGUCAGAACCAUGCCGAAAUACAUUUAUCAAAAACUUUCUGAAAUCACUGCUCCGACGGUGUGUGCUCACAUUUUUGGGAUUGUUGUGCAGCUGAAGGAACCAGCUCGAACUUCUAAUGGUAGACUUAUGAUCAGAGUUGGUUUAAUUGAUGACACUGCUCAUUCAGUAACAAAGCCUUUUGAUCUCUACAUAUACUACAGUCAUGGUGAAGUCGCCCCGAAAAUAGAAAAACAUCAAGUCCUCAGGGCACAUCGUGUGAAGGUGGAAGCCUUCAAUGGGAGUUUAGAUGGUCGCGUAUUCAAAUCUGCAGACAUUGUAACUGUCGGUUCUGACGUUGAAAAUGCUGGCAGUUGGUGCUCAGCUGCCAAGUCGUUUGAAUGGACAGCGAAAGACAAAGCUAGAGUACAGGAACUGUAUGCGUGGAUGGAGGCCCAGCCGUGGCAUAGUCAUCCGCCCAGCAAUCACCCAGUGCAGCACAUGCUGGAAGAUAUCAAAGGGCCUGGGCUCAUUAAAGUCUAUUGCAAGAUUGUAGCUGUGCGGAAGUCUAGGGAUGGAGAAUGCCUAGUCGUCACUGUAUGCGACGGAACAGUUUGUCCAACACACGUGAAGAAGAUUCACAAUGCAGAAAGUAAGCCGGCGGCUGACAUUCUUAGUGAAGGAUCAUGUUUUGAGCGCGAUCAACUGGAGAUGGAUGUGGUUGUCACUGAUUUAACUGAUGAUUUCAAGCUGCUUAAGGCUGGAGAUUAUGUGUGUGUGGCUGGCUUACAAGUGAAAAGUGUUUCCUCGAAGAGCACAGAUGAUAGGCUCCUACUGACUCUGACAAUAAAUGCGAGCUCAGGUUCGCUCCAAACGUUUGAACGUCAACACUCCAUUGCGAAAAGGAUAGAAAGGAAAUUGUCUUCUCCAAAAGUAAUGGUGGAAGAAAAAUUAGAAAGACUUGAGACAAACAGGAACGUAAUUUCGUUGCAAGACAUUACCGAUUCUCUUAACCAGUUGCAUUCGUCCGGUGCCAGUCCAGUCCUGGAUCGAGUAAUUUCACCAGGGGAAAAAAGAAACGUUGAAAAUGUGUUGGAAGAUCAAGUUGAAUGUCCUAACAAAAAGUCAAAGUCCCUAACUGAUGAUGAUAAAAGAGGAAAUUCUGAAACAUCUGUUAGAUUCUCAAGCAUGAGAAAAAAUGUGGAGAAUUUAAACACAGAAUCACCACCCACUAUUUCUUCAUGUACAACGAAUGAUGAUUUGUUAGAUGUAUCAAAUCCAGUGAUACCAAAAGAUUCUCACAUUGUUAAAACAGCUCCAGUUCUUACUUUCUCCAUUGGUAACGGUGAUAAAGCAUUACAGUCCUUAAAAAGAAAAAUUAUUGAAAAUUCUUUGAGAAAAAACCGAAUGACAAGCCCAAGUAAAAAUGCUGUACAACAAAAACCAGUAAGCAAGUCUAUGUCAGUUCAGGAAGCAUUGGAUUGUGACAACCAGCCUGAUGAAGUAGGCUGCAGUCAUACAUCUCGUAAGAAUAUCACUUCACCUACAAAAAACAUUGGAACUGAACAUUGUGGUUUGAUUAAUGACGCACUGGAAAAGGAACUCGGAAAAAUAUUUGAAGAUUGUAGUGAGAUGUCUGUACCUGAAGGUGGAAAUGAUAAACAACGUGAUAUUCGGUCGCCAGAGGGAAUUGGCACAAAUCUGUCACCACCAUCACACAAUGAUAUCCUUCCCAGUUCUGGUUUUACAUCUUCAGCAGGACCUUACUCUCAGUUCAUCUCUAAGUUAACAAGAGGCGUACAUGUUACAAGUACUCAGAUUACACAGUCUUGUGACAGAGUGAAUAAUGUUGUACAGCCUGAAGACUUACAGGAAAACAAUGUUGAAGAAAGGGAAGAGCGAGAUGAUAUUUCUCAAGGGAAAGGAAGCCAGGGAAAGUCUAACUCAAAGUUGAUUAAUCAUUGUACUGAAAUACAGCAUCCUAUUGGUGCAAAGUGUGUUUGCCUUGCUGGUACUUCAGCUGUAGGGUUACAACAACCUGAAAUGGAUAACUGCCCACAAAGCAUACCAGGUUCUCAGCAUCUGUAUGCUACAUACGACAGCCACCCUCAUUACUGCGCCAACCUUUUUAAUACGGGAGUCAAAACCAAUCUUGCUGGUGCUGUGGAUGUCGGUUCAACUCCCUUGUGUCAGAAAAGUAACUCCGUUCAAGCUGUAGUGAGCGACUGCAGAGAACCUGAUGUGUUACAAGAAGUUCAGUCAAACAUCAUUAAUCCGGAAAAUCAGUGCCAUGUAUCUGAGGGAAACAUUGAUGAGCAUGUAAAUAUUGCUGGCACUAGUAAGUCCCAAGUUCAUGAUAAAACUGAGCAUUGUGAAAUGACUGUACAAGAAAAAAUUGUUGGGCAUUCUUCACAUAAAUCUCCAAAGAAAGUACCUACCAGUACGCCCCCUCAAAUGGGUAAUAUUUUAAGUGAAGCUAGUUCACACCAGAGAGAACCGUCAGCGGGAAAAUCACCUUUGCAACCAAGCAAAGCCAUAGAUCAGGCUAGGAAUUUCAGAACAUCUGGUGUCCAUGGAUCGCCGAAGAACGUGAAUCCGAUCGAGGAUUCGGUAAUACCGUGUUCCCAAGACCGACAUCAGUCCGUUCAUUUGCAGCGUGAAACUACAGCACAUGGUUCGAACUCGCUGACUUCUGGGUCGAGUAUACAGUGUAACCAGGAACAUCGGAGGCAUGCUGAUUGUGGAACUAAGCAUUGUGAGUCCUCACGACCCUCGCACACUACUUCCUGUGCAGUUCAAGACCUCGAGAGCAGAUUGUGUUGUAAUUCCUCGGAGAGCUUUGAAAAUUGCCGGAAGAUUGGAGGAAAGGUUGAUACAAGUAAAUCUAGACUUUGCACGGGUGUCCAGUGCCGUGAGGAUAAAAAAGCUGACUGUUUUACUGAUGCUAGAUGUUCUCUCUGCAAGGGUAUUUCACCUUUGGUUCAGUCUGUUGUCAUCUGUGGUUGGGUUGUAGAUAUUGAGCCGUCUCGAACAGGAGAUUUGGUGUGUGGAUACUGCCUAAACUGCAACAGAAUCAAAAGACUUUCGCAGCUGAAGAGAGUGUGUGUCAAAAAAGGGGGCAGGUCUCUGUGCGCAUUGCCACAGUAAAGGUCAUGAUUGUGAGUUAACACCGAUGUAUUUCUUCACCCUGAAGGUGGCCAUCAAGUCUGGCAGUUUAGUCAACAUACUGGUCGGUCACACACCUGCCAGCAAUCUUUUCGAGUUCACACUCGAAGAUUAUUUAUCUGAUGAUGGAGUAAAACAAUUGGCAAGAGAGUACUUGAAUACAAUAAUCGUGAAAAAUAAAAAACGGAAGACUGCUAAAAACAGACUGGAGUGCACAGCCCUGUUUGACCAUGAAGACAAUCUAUACAUUUUGAAAAAAGUUCCUGCAUUUACCAGUUACUUUUAUGGAGUUUUUGUGUGAAGGAUUUAUUGAUUAAGGAGUCGUACACACUUCUAUACAAAAUAAGAAAUUAAUCUCUCUGUGACAUUACACAAAUUCUCAUAGCACAAGUGACAAUUUUUUUUUUGUUGAUAUGAAGAUAUGAUUGGUAAUCAUUGAUUUGUUAUUUUUGUAAUUGUUAAGAGCCCAGCGGCUGUAAGAUGACAAGAUUUUAUAAUGUAUUUAUAUCGUUCUUAGGCAACAGCCAGUAAGUAUUGGUUAUAAUCAAAAUCAUGUGAACCAUCUAUACAAGAAUGCAAAUGUAAACAAAUAUUUGGUAUUUUUUAUAAAUCAUUGGAUUAUGUAAAUAAAAACUUUUAUUUUUAA